UAGUUUAUCGCAUGGCUUAUCUCGUCUUUGAACUCUAUAAAUGCCGGACAUUGAAUUAAAACAAAAAUAUUUGCGAGUGCGUUAUCGAGCUGUGCGAAGUAGCAUGAUGUCGCUGAAAACCGGUCUAUUUUUGAUAUUGUGCCUAACAACGGCAGUGUUGUUGUGUAACGGCGAACGUGUACGUUAUGACAAUUAUCGGGUGUAUAAAGUAAAGGCAACGACUCUUAAUGGAUUGAAAAUCCUUAGAAAAAUGGAGGAAACCAAUAAUUCAUUGCAUUAUUUGGACGAAGUACACAAGAUCGAGAAGCCUAUAAAUAUAGUAGUCGCGCCACAUAAGCUAACCGAUUUUCUAUCGGCAUUAAACGAAAACGAAAUUACCUAUGAGUUGUUGGAGGAAAAUGUACAGAAAGCUAUAGAUAAGGAUUAUGAACAAGUAGCAACGGGUCGUGCAAUUCUAAACCGUUGGCGGAAAUAUCAAACAUUGGACUCCAACUAUAAUUGGCUCGUCGGCUUAGCACGAUCCUACCCAGGUGUAGUGACAGUCAUUGAAGGUGGUAAAUCCUACGAGAAGCGUUCAAUUUUGGGUGUAAAAAUCUCAUAUAACAAUGGCUCAAAACAAAAACCGGGUAUUUUCCUAGAAGCUGGUAUACAUGCACGCGAAUGGAUUGCGCCGGCUACAGCGACCUAUGUGAUUAAUGAACUUCUGACUAGCAGUGAUGAGGAAGUGAAAGAAAUCGCACAGAAUUACGAUUGGUAUGUCUUUCCACAUGCCAAUCCCGACGGUUAUGUCUACACACAUACAACAGAUCGCAUGUGGCGCAAAACCCGUCAGCCACACGGCACUUGCUAUGGUGCGGAUCCCAAUCGCAAUUGGAAUGUUUUCUGGAAUACAGUGGGCACUAGCAGUGAACCGUGUUCCAAUAUAUACGCGGGAAGUGCAGCGAAUUCAGAAAUCGAAGUGAAAUCUCUAUCCAACUAUAUCACCGCGUUGAAGGAUAACAUUCAAUUGUACAUCUCUUUGCAUUCUUUCUCACAAUAUUUACUUUAUCCCUAUGGGCAUACCAAUCAAUUGCCCGAUAACGUUAAAGACUUCGAACAGGUUUACAAUGUCACAGUGAAGGCGUUAAAUAAGCGCUAUGAAACUGUCUACACUGGCGGCAAUAUUUACGAUGCCAUUUACCCGGCUGCCGGUUCAAGUGUGGACUUUGCCUACACAAAGUUGGGCAUACGCAUGGCCUUCUGCUUUGAGUUGCGGCCGAAUGGCAGUUUCAAUGGCAAUGGCAUGGAAUUACCUGCCGAUCAAAUUCAACCAACUGCUGCGGAACUCUUGGACGGCUUGGUGGCUAUGGUGGGUGAGGUUAAGUCGCUGGGUUAUUUUAAAAAUUAUUUUUAUUUAUAAAGGUUCACCUAAAUGAAUGGGGGAAAAGAAAAAUAAUGGGUUUUUGUAAUCUUUUUUUUUGUUGGUUUUGACAAAUAAGAAUAUAUGUAAGCGCUUCAAAAGCGAUUUAUAGUCUU